AUGUUCUGCUACCACUGUCCACCGUCGCUGCACCCGGCCGGACCGCACCCGCCACGGUUGCCGACGCUCGAGUAUCCGUUCGCCCCGACGCAUCCUUGUAAGUAUACAACUAUGCUUUAUAUACUCAUUUAUGUACACUUCAACAACGGUGGAUUCCGGCCCGUGCUCGAUAAUGGACAACCGAGGACUACGCCGCCACUGUUCUUGCCGCCGCACCUGGCAUCGCUUAGCUCCCAGUUCAAUCCGCCACUGUUUCCGAGCCUAAAAGCGGCCUUUCCCGGGCUCUGCUCGUGCUGCCCGGCCAAGGUACCGGCAACGUCCUCCGGAGCAUCGUCCGUCUCACCAUCGUGCACCUCUUCGUCCACCUCACACUCGCCGUCAUCGGCCCACCACCACUCGACGGCCGGGUCGGCCCUGUCGGCCAUCACCAGUUCCGUGUCGGGCACCGGGUUGCCGGAUCCGCGGUCCUCGUCCGUCGCCGAACUGCGCCGCAAAGCCCAGGAACACUCGGCCGCCCUGCUGCACUCGUUGCAGGCGGCAGCCGCUGCCGGACUGGCCUUUCCCGGGUUCCACUUGCCACCACUGUCGCUCCACUCGGCCCUUAGCAGUGGCCGAAAGCCGUCGGAUUUUAUCAGCGAUCUGUCGAUGCACCACCACCACCAUCACCAUCUGGCGGCCGGUGCGCAUCAUCUGAGCGGACAUUUGGCGAGUCUCCAUCAGCAUCAUCACAACAACAACAAUAGCACCGCCGCUGCUAACAACAACACCAGCAGCACGAACCCGGCGAACCACAGCCCUUCGGCCGGGUCGAUGCUGGCCACCGAUGUGCCUCGUUCGCCCCGCACACACACCGGCUCCGGUGGUCAUGAGAAAUCGGAUUCGAACGAGUAA